AUGACACGUGAUGACUCCAGUGGCGGUUGGGUGCCCCUUGGAGGUGGUGGCCUCAGUCAUGUGGUGAUAUGUAAAGGCCGGAGUCAUGACGGCAGGGGCCGGAGAGAAUACAUCAUACGUGGAGAACGGCUGCGAGAUCGAGCACCGGUGUUGGAGUGCGCAGUGCAAAGGGGGUUAGUGUACAAUAAGGUGAACCCCAUCUUCCAUCACUGGCGAGUAGAAGAUCGAAAGUUUGGCCUUACGUUCCAGAGCCCUGCCGAUGCCAUCUCCUUUGAGAAAGGGCUGCAGCUCGUCAUAGACAAGCUCGACAGAGGCUCUGACUCGCCCUCGUCCUCCACACCAGAAGAGGCCGACACUGAGGAUGAUGGACAAGCUUCUCAUACAGGAAGUGAGUCGUCAUCCAACAGCAGAAAGGAGAUGCUGCCCAAACCCAUCACCAUAGUGACAAGCGAGUCGUCGUCUACCUGCUUUGUACGGUCGGAAGAAUUUAGUUUCGGAUCCAGCCAUGCUGUCACAACUCAGACACCUGCUCAGAUCCACAGCAGGCCGGGACAGCACCAGCUCUCACAAAUGACGGCUGUGUUGAAUCCGCCAGCGCCCCCGCCCCCACCUCCUGCUCCACCUACUCCUCCUGUCGGUCAAGCGGCCUCAUCUCCUCUGUCCCCCCUCUCACCCACCAUCUCUCUGCUGGAGGAGGGGGACCUACGCAGUGUGGAUCCUUGCAAGGACCUGUGGGGUUCUCGAGGUUAUGAGGACUACCGACGGGCGGGGGCCACUAGGACUAUGGUUGGGGGGCUGACCGGGGGUGUGGUUGUCAGUGGUGGAGGGAGUCUGCAGGACAAGUCAGAGCUGUGCGUGGUUCGCUUUGAGAAGGACCUGGCAGGAGUGGGGACGGCGGGCUGCGACGUGACGGUGAGCCUGGACAGUAAAGCUUCCCAGCGGCUGUCCUCGUCAUCGCCCACCUGUAUGUCCAUGCCCAACGCAGUGUCAUGCUCGUCCUCAGCUGCUGGCUCACCCCAGGAGACGUGCAAAGGAUCGCCCUCUCCCUGCUGCAUCCACACCUCACUGGCCACGCCCCGGUCACGGACUCGAAAGAGAGGAGGAGGGGCCAGCAGCGGCGGGGUCGACCCGGGGGCAAUCUCCCCGGACGACGACAGCCCGUGUCCUCAGGCUUCAUCGUCAUGCUCAUCACGCUGUGUGUACUGCCGCUCUGUUUUCAGCGCUUCGGAGAACGGGCGGGGCCGCUGCAGAGAUGCCCCAGACCCGGCCCUGCACUGCCUGCGCCAGUGGACCUGUGUGUGGUGUGCAGAGAGUCUGCUCUACCACUGCAUGUCGGACUCCGAGGGAGAGUUCUGGGAGCCUUGCUCGUGUGAUGACUCUUUGGGGGGCCACCCGCACCCCCUUUGCUGUGCCCGCUGGUUGGCCCUCCUGGCCCUGUCGCUCUUCGUGCCCUGCAUGUGCUGCUACCUGCCUUUGCGCGCCUGCCUGCGGUGUGGGGAGAGGUGUGGCUGCUGUGGGGGAAAGCACAAGGCGGUCCGAUGA